AUGGCUUCAGUAAACAACAGCAAUAGUGGAAGUGAAAGAAAAUCAACUCGUGAUCCAUCAAUAGACAAUCGUGCUCGAUUUAAUCUGUCACCUGUACCUAGUAUCGAAGAUGAUGAAGAUAAUAAUCUACAAAAUCAUACUCAAACAGUUAAUCCUAAUUUAGAUGAAGAGGAGAGUGGCGAAGAAUUUGAUUUAAUUGCUGAUACACAAGGUGCUAGUACGACUGCUGUUACUAUGUGUGACAACAAUAAUAAUGAUCAUAAUAGUCAAUUUGAUUAUAAGAAUGACAAUGAACAAGUAACUAAUGUAACGUAUGUUAUUCGCAAACAUUAUGAAAAUUUCGAAACAAUCGAUUGGUUAAAAGAUUUAAUGCGCAAUCGUAUUCGUCAUCGUAAUUUACGUUCACAGCAACAACAAAGUUGGAAGAAAAGAUUUACUUUUUGGUUCGAUACAUGGAGUGGAUGGAUAUGUGUUUUAUUGGUUGGUGUUUCAGCUGGCCUUGUAGCUGGUUUUGUUGAUAUUGGAGCAAAGUGGUUGAGUCAUUGGAGAACAGGUGUUUGUACGUCGGCAUUUUGGCUUAACCGAGAGCAAUGUUGUUGGGCUUCACGAGAUGUUGAAUAUGAUGAUGUUCAUAAUGAAAUAUGUAAAUAUUGGAGAACAUGGUCGGAUAUAUUUGGUAUAGAUGCAUUAUCGGUUAGUGGUUGGUUUUUCCGAUAUUUUAUGUUCAUAUUAUGGUCAGUAAUCUAUGCUACAUUUAUUGUUGUGCUUGUUGUUGGAUCUGCACCAUAUGCUAGUGGAUCAGGUAUACCUGAAAUAAAAACAAUUUUAUCGGGUUUUAUUAUGUAUGGUUAUUUGGGUAAAUGGACAUUCCUUAUAAAAAGUAUUGGAAUGAUAUUUGCAACAAGUGCAGGUCUAAUUGUGGGUAAAGAAGGUCCAUUUGUACACAUAUCAUGUUGUUGUGGAAAUUUAUUUUCAAAACUUUUCCCUAAAUUUGGUAACAACGAAGCGCGUAAACGUGAAAUUUUAUCUGCAGCUGCUGCUACAGGUGUUUCUGUUGCUUUUGGUGCUCCAAUCGGUGGAAUUCUUUUUAGUUUGGAAGAAAUAAGUUAUUAUUUUCCAUACAAAACAUUAUGGCGAACAUUUUUCUGUUGUAUGGUCGGUGCUCUUGUUGUACGUACAAUAAAUCCAUAUGGUAAUGGGCAUGAAAUACAAUUUCCUGUUGAAUAUAAUGUACCAUGGGCAACAUUUGAAGUUAUUCCAUUUAUUGGUCUUGGUGCAUUAGGCGGAUUAUGGGGAACAUUGUUUAUAAAAACAAAUAUUUCUUGGUUAAAAUAUAAAAAGACGCAUACUAUUGGAAAAUAUCCAAAAGCCGAAGUUAUCAUUUUAACUUUAGUAACAGCUAUUGUUUGUUAUCCAAAUACUUAUUUAAGAUUAACAAUGCCCGAACUAAUAAGACGUUUAGUAGGACAAUGUCAUGUCGAAGAUCAUAUGGAUUUAUGUGAUUAUGAACGCGAAAAACCAAUAGGAACGGCCACAGCUAAAUUGUAUGCUGCUGUAGCUGGUCCUGGUCUUCAUCGUGCUCUUUGGCAAUUACUUUGGGCUUUAAUCGUUCAAAUAACUCUAGUUAUUUUUACUAUUGGUACAAAAAUUCCAUCAGGUUUAAUUAUUCCAAGUAUAUCUAUAGGAGCUAUUGCUGGUCGUCUUAUUGGUAUUAUAACAGAACAAGUAGCAUUUCAAAAUCAACAUUUAGCUAUUUUAAGACAUGAAUGUGGCGUAUCGAAUGAACAUUGUGUUACACCUGGACUUUAUGCUGUUGUUGGUGCGUGUGCUUUUUUAGGUGGAGUUAGUCGAAUGACUGUUUCUCUUGUGGUUAUUAUGAGUGAAGUCACGGGUGGUUUAUCCUAUAUUGUUCCAUUGAUGAUUACUGCAUUAACAGCAAAAUGGGUAGGAGAUGCAUUUGGUGAAGGAAUUUAUGAGGAAUAUGUGAACUUGAGUGGUUAUCCAUAUUUAAAGAAUCGUGAAAGUUUUCCAUUUACCUUGAAAGCUGGUGAAGCAAUACGUCCGAAUCGUUCGGGUCAAAAUCUUCCGUUGGCAUGUAUCAUUCAAGAUGGAAUGACCAUUGCACAAAUUGAUUCAGUUAUUCGUAAUCAUCCACAUUCAGUUUAUCCGGUUAUUAUUAGCGAAGAUUUUCCUUGUAUUGUGGGCAAGUUACAAAGGCGAGAUUUAUUAGCUGUACUUAAAUCACGAAAAAUGCAACAAACACUUACACAAACAAAGCCAUUGCUGAAUAGAAAAGUAUCUCUUGUAUCAAUGUCAAAUUUAUUAAAUAAAUCUGGUCAACCAUCAUCAUUAGGAAUGCGUAGAGCAUCAAUAGCAUUACAAGCAUCAAAAACAUUACAAUUGCAUAAGUUAGUCGAUAGAGCACCAAUUAUCGUUACAGAUCAAACACCAGUGGAAGCAGUUGUAGAUAUGUUCAGAAAAUUGGGCUGUAGACAAAUAUUUGUGACCAAAAAUGGCCGCCUUCAAGGUAUUUUAACUCGAAAAGAUAUUAUUCGAUUGAUGCAUGAAGCAACUGUAUCAAGAAAAUUUGAACAUUAG